AUGAAGUUACAAGUUUUAGUGUUGGCGUUGGCAGUUACGACUGAAUGCCGUAUGGUUGUAGAUUUAAAUGGGAUGCUUGAGAAGGGUCUCAUCAAAGGCGAAGAGAUACUUCUUGCAAAAAAGGAGCCAUUGGAACGAGUUCGUAUUGAUUUCGAAAGAAAUAGAAAAGAUCAAGUAAGGGACAAGUUUAGAGAACAGAGAAGAGAAAAGCUAUCUAAAAAGCAUUCGAAUUAG